AUGGCGGAGACAGUGGUGAGCAUGGCGAGGUCCAUGUUGGGAGGCGCCAUCAGCUUGGCAACUUCCGCUGCUGCCGCAGAGCUUAGCUUGGUGAUGGGCGUGCAAAAGGAUAUUUGGUUCAUCAAAGAUGAGCUAAAGACGAUGCAGGCAUUCUUGGCGGCCGCUGAAGCAACGAAGAACAGAGACAUGCUGCUGAAGGUGUGGGCAGAGCAAGUAAGGGACCUGUCCUACAAUAUUGAAGAUUGCCUUGAUGAAUUUAUGGUUCAUGUGAGAAGCCAAAGCCUAACAAAAAGGCUGAUGAAGCUCAAAGAUCGUCGUAGGAUUGCCAUCCAAAUCCGCAACUUGAAAUCAAGAGUUGAAGAGGUGAGUAGCAGGAACUCACGCUACAACUUAAUUGAUAAGAACCAUAUCACUAGAAACAUUGAUGAGAGGGAUUCUUGCAUGGAAGAUAUUCGCAACCAGUCAGCUAGCAACAUCGAUGAAGCCGAACUUGUGGGGUUUUCCAAUCACAAACAAGAGUUAAUAAGGCUUAUUGAUGACAACGUCAACAAUGGCCCUGUUCGGGUAGUAUGUGUCAUUGGCAUGGGUGGUUUGGGUAAGACCACUAUUACAAGGAAGGUUUAUGAAAGUACAAGAAACUUUUCAUGUUGUGCUUGGAUCACUGUCUCGCAGUCAUUUUUCAGGAUGGAGCCUCUCAAAGUUAUGAUCAAAGAACUCUUCGGUGACGACGAACUCAAGGAGCAACUUGACGGGAAGGUGGUGCGAGAAGAGAAUCUUGCUAGCUACCUCAGAGAAAAGCUACUUCAGAAGAGGUACUUUGUUGUUCUUGACGACUUAUGGAAUAUAGAUGAUUGGAAGUGGAUCAAAACUAUUGCUUUUCCAAGUAGUAACAACAAAGGUAGUCGGAUAAUGGUAACAACCAGAGAUGUUGGCUUAGCUGAGGAGUGUAUCUUGGAAUCUUCUGGAUCGUUUAUCUACCACCAUCAACCCUUAGAAACAAAUGAUGCCAUAAAAUUGCUAUUAAGGAAGAUGAGGAAAAGUGAAGAAGACAUGGAAAAACAUGAGAACAUGAGGAACAUAGUUACUAAGAUAGUAAAAAAGUCUGGACGGUUACCUCUAGCUAUACUCACAAUAGGAGGCAUGCUUGCCACCAGAGAGGUUAUUGAGUGGCAAAGUAUUUAUAACCAAAUCCCCUUAGAGCUAGAGAGCAACCGAAGCCUUGAAGCAGUGAGGAGGAUGGUUACCAUGAGUUACAACCACUUGCCCUCCCAUCUCAAGUCAUGUUUUCUGUAUUUAAGCAUAUUUCCAUAG